AGUGAUAAAAUCUUUUUAAACAACUAUUAACUUAAAAUUGUUUAUUUUGCUCUUUGUGUAUCACAAAUAAAACUUCUUCCAUUUUGUAUGAUUAAAUAAAUGGGUGAAUAAUGUGAACAAAAAAUGGUUCAGUGAAAUUAUUUUAGCAUGCACAAAGUAUUAUUUAAUAAAUUGUUUUAAAUAAAGUUUCUAAAUAAUUAACUAAGAAAAUGGCUGACAUCAGUGAAGAAAAACGAGCUGAGAUAAUUGCUCAAAUAUCUCGCCUGGCUUUCUUUAAUGAAACUUUUGGAGAUGUAUAUAACUUGACGGAACAAAGGUAUCAAUCUCUCCUGGAAGAAUUAACAGAGCUGAAAUCCAGCAUAAACAUGACCUUACACAGUGGUCUUGCUUAUGGUAGGCCAGACCCGAUGCAAGAAGUAAUAAUUAACGAAUGCGAUUACUGUUGCGGCCCUGUACGAUCUGUGAUAGAAGGGUAUAAUGGUAUUCAUGGAUAUAUCAGCCUUAUGGUUUGUAUUUUUGGAUGUAUAGCAAAUUUAUUAAAUAUAGCUGUGUUGACGAGACGAGAUAUGUCUAGUGCCCCUAUUAACCGAAUUUUGAAAUGGUUGGCAGCCACUGAUUUACUAGUUAUGGCCGAAUAUGUACCCUUUGCUACUUACAAUUAUUUGAUACGACGAAGAUCAGACAGGCAUGAAUUUCCAUAUUCUUGGGCUGCAUAUCUAUUAUGGCAUGCUCAUUUUGCUCAAGUAAUGCACACGGUUUCUAUAUGUUUAACGUUAAGUUUGGCAAUUUGGAGAUACAUAGCUAUAAGAUAUCCUCAUUUGAACGGCACUCUGUGCACGGAAAGGCGUUGCAGUUGUGCAAUUUUACUGAGCUUUUUCUUACCUCCAAUUCUAUGUGCGCCAACUUACCUCGUUUUCAAUAUAAACGAGGUUAAAGUGUAUGAAAACAGCACUCAGCAUGUUCUUUACCAUGUGCACACAAUUUCCGAUCUAGACAGGACUCCUUACAUAGCCAAUUUCUGGUUCCACGGUGUGGUCAUCAAGCUGCUUCCGUGCAUCGUUCUUACAGUGAUUUCCUGCUGGCUGAUACGGGCACUUUAUAGCGCUAAUAGGAAUAAGAGGCGAUUGAUGAGCGGCUAUAAUUCAGUAAGGCGCAACACGAAAUCUGACAAGAGAACAGAUCGCACCACAAAAAUGUUGGUUGCAGUGCUUCUCUUGUUCUUGAUUACCGAAAUCCCUCAGGGCAUCCUCGGCCUACUCAGUGGUAUUUUAGGCAAAGCCUUUUUUGUGCAAUGCUACCACUUAUUCGGGGAGUUGAUGGAUAUAUUGGCGCUCCUGAAUGGAGCCAUCAACUUCAUACUCUAUUGCUCAAUGAGUCGCCAAUUCCGAACGACGUUUGGCCACCUUUUCAAGCCGUCGAGCGUUCUGGCCAAGUUGCCGGUGAGCGUGGGCGGCGGGGCGUCAGUGCACAAUAAAACUGAGGCGAGCAAGCAGAAUGGCAGGCAAGUUUCGCAAUCUCAGGAGGUGCAGAGCACCGUGAUUUGAUGCAAGGCGGUCAAACGAGACAUAGGUCAGACCGUUACCGCAUUGUAGGAUAUGUUUAUAUUUGUAUAUAAUUCCAAAUGAGUGGUAACUAAAUACAUUUUGUGCAAUUAGUCGUUGUGCGCAAUUGGUGUAAAAUAAUGUUGUACAUGAGAUUAUAUGGAUUUCUUUUAAAUUGUACAUAAGUUAUACUGAAGCAUAUAGGCAGCGUGUU